AUGCUCCGCCGGCAAACGCGCGAGCGACGCGAGUACAUCUACAAAAAGGCGCUCGAGAGCAAAGAAAAACAGAUCUACGAGCGCAAGCAACAGAUCCGGGAAGCGCUCGCAUCCGGAAAACCUCUCCCACCAUCGCUUCGGGGGAAAGAAGCCGAAGAGCUCGGGCGGGAUUUGUCGCUGGAUGCAGCGCAGGAUGUGCCGGGGAGCAGUAUCGACGAUGAGUACUCGCGCGCUGGAACCUACGAUCCACGGGUGUUGGUCACUACGAGUAGAGAUCCAAGUUCGAGGUUGACGCAGUUUGCCAAGGAGGUGCGGUUGUUGUUUCCCAACAGUACGCGGUUGAAUCGUGGUGGGUAUACGGUGAGCGAUCUUGCAGCGGCAGCACGGAGCAAUGGGAUAACGGAUAUGGUGGUGUUGCACGAACAUCGAGGUGUACCCGACGCCAUGGUGGUGAGCCACUUUCCUCAUGGUCCAACUUUGCUCUUUACACUGCACAACGUCGUACUCCGCCACGAAGUCGGCGCUCAGUCGAGUACCGUCUCGGAACAAUACCCGUACCUUAUCUUCGAAAACUUCAACAGCAAACUCGGCGCGCGAGUGCAGAGCGCACUCAAGUUCCUCUUCCCCGUCCCCAAAGAGGAGAGCACCAGAGUCAUGAGCUGGGUCAACAAGGAUGAUUUUAUUUCCUUCAGACAUCAUGUCUACGUCAAGACGAGCCAUAGGGAGGUCCAACUGGCAGAGGUGGGUCCGAGGUUCGAGGCCAGGGUGUACGAGAUCAAACAGGGUACGCUGGAUCAAGGGGAGGCGGAUACAGAGUGGGUGCUCCGGCCGUAUAUGAAUACUGCGAAGAAGCGGAAUCAGUUGUAA